GAUUUGCAGCCUGCUUGAACGAAAAGGAGAACGCCAAAAGUCAUUUUUUCAAACUUUUAUUUAUGCUUUUUAUACUGUUGCGAGUCGCUAUAUAAGUAACUGCCUGCAAUCACUCAGUGGAAAGUAUACUUGCUGUUUGAUCGUUUGAGAUUUAGACCUAUUUCAAGAUCUCGUAAAUGAGAUGCCCGUCGACCCCUAUCGUGUACGAGCGCAAAAGCUGAAAACCAGUCGGGGAACCGCACUUUAUGGCUUCACAGUGAAGGCUGGUGCUCUGGCCGUGGUGUGGACUGUAGUUUGCGGAGUCGCAUUUUGGUAUUACAAGUCGCGGGAUCCCGAUUAUAUGAACCGAGUUCAGAGAAGAUUUGAGAACUUUGAUAUUAUUGGGCUCAACUACAAGAUAACGGAACUGGACCUCGUGAUUCACCCCAAGAUAGCCGCCCUGAAGUCUCUGGAGCAGCUGGAAGAGGAAGGCAAAUUUCCGCUGGAUAGCCAGAGCGUCGCGCCCCGCAAAAAGAUCCCCCAAAUUGCGCCGCUGACGACUUAUCCGCUAGGCGACGAGAUACCUGCCCCCGCUGCUUCCAAGUGAUUGCUGUUGGGGUGAUGCGUGUAUCGGGCGGAAAUGGACGAGCAGUCUGUGAAGCCGCCCCAGCGGGGAAAGGGACGCCCGGUGCGGCUGGCGUCCCCAUCUCAAGAAACGCGUGAAAGUAGUGACAGUGUGGAUGCGUGUCCCUUUUGUCUCUGUUCGUUGGCUGGCAUGAGUGUUAAAGAGUAUGGUGAUCAUCUGCGAAGGUAACUGACUGCUGUUUUUAUUUAAUCACGUUUCAGGUGUUAAUCAUAAUGUGCAAUAAAAGGGCAAAAAAGACAAGAUUUUGCGUAUGUAAAAAAUAA